AAACCACAGAAUCUAUAUCGAGAGGUUAUGAACACGUGAUCCGAAUGUUAUGGUCGUGGCGUCGGCCAUGACGUUUCCUUUUGGCUUCUAGAGUUUUUUAGUCUCUGCUUUCCUACGCUGUCUGCAACCUAGUAUUACAAUGGCUUUUCCCCAUACCCAAACACCAUGUGCUUUUACUAGCGUAUACGAGGCCUGAACUUCACUCCAUCCAUUUCAAUCUGGGGAUCCUCAUGUCCUGCUUCAGCUUCACCGCAACAAGAGACUGGUGCUAUCGCUCCAUCUUCACCAAAUCGGGUCUUCGAUCCACCAUCACCGAUCUUGGCGACGGCACCGUCAUCCACUGUUGGGUCCCCAAGACCCGUAAAGAAUCCAAACCCAACCUGCUCCUCAUCCACGGCUUCGGAGCCAACGCAUUGUGGCAGUGGGGCGACCUCAUCCCCUACCUGGUCCCCUACUUCAACGUCUACGUCCCAGAUCUCCUCUUCUUCGGGGACUCCUACACCACUAGACCCGAGCGGACCGAGUCGUUCCAGGCCCAGUGCGUGAUGCGGGUGAUGGAAGCGAAGUCGGUGAAGAAGAUGAGUUUGAUCGGACUGAGUUAUGGUGGUUUUGUGGGGUACAGUAUGGCGGCCCAGUUUAAAGAGGCGAUAGAAAGAGUGGUGAUAUGCGGCGCCGGGGUGUGCUUGGAGGAGAAGGAUUUGGAAAAGGGUUUGUUUAAGGUAUCGCAUAUAGAAGACGCUGCCAGUAUAUUGUUGCCCCAAACGCCAGAGAAGCUGAGGGAAUUGCUAAGUUACACUUUCUACAAGCCUCCAAGGGGCUUACCUUCUUGCUUGCUCAAUGAUUUCAUUCAAGUAAUGUGCACGGAAUUUCUAGAAGAGAGGAAAGAUUUGAUUCGAGCUAUUCCUAAAGACCGGAAACUUUCAGAGCUACCCACCAUCCCACAGCCUACCUUAAUAAUUUGGGGAGACCAAGAUAAGGUAUUCCCGGUGGAACUAGCUCACAGAUUGAAAAGGCAUUUGGGGGAAGAGGCCCAGCUUGUGAUCAUCAGUAACGCAGGGCAUACUUUUAUUAUAGAGAAGCCCAAAGAAACAUUCAAGUACUUGAAAUCCUUUCUCAUUGAUAAUUGAUUUGCUUCCACCUCUUCUCAUAUGAGGACUCCCUUAUACAAGGUAGAGUUCUAGAUUUUUGUAUUGAACUUCCUGUCACGGUUGCUAAACUAUUAUUACCACUGCACCUUUUUUGUCAAGGUGAUUAAAAGGACAAUCCCCAGGAUGAUCUAAAUUUUUGGUUUCCAAAGGAUACUUGUCAACCAUUUUUAUUA